UUUUUACUUUUACAGGAAAUUAAGAGUUCACGGAAAGCUUUAAAGAGGAGUUUUCUGGAAAGGGAAUAACACUUUGGUGUCUUUCUAUGAAGAAGACUACCUGAAUUGUGUAACAUUCCUACAGUUGGGGGACCUGCCUCAGCGUGCAGUGCAGGAGGAAUUCUUUCCUGCAUUACAAAUUGGGAAGAAGUGUUAAGAGUGAGCGCUGGGAAAUGGUCCUCUCUGAGAGGUGUGGAUGUAUCAGGAUGUAGCUGCUGUACAAAGUUUAUCCUUGGAUAACUCUGGACAGAGACAAACCUCCAUUGCUGACCUCCUGAAGAGGCGAUCCUUGUUCAGGCCCCAGCAUAAUGAAUAGUUUCCAUCACGCGGCGCUCAAGCUCCAACCUCCCAGCUACUGCAUCCCACAAAAGAGCUUGUACAAGUUACAAAGAAAGUAAUUCUUGUUAAAGGCAUUAAACCAAACAAAAGAGGCUCUCCAUUCACAGACUUUACAUGCGAACAGAAAUAGAAGGAAGCUGAAGCUUUUCUGCUCCUCGGCCGGUGUGCUUACAUGCCAUGGUAAAUCUUUGUUGGGUUGCCCCUGGAGCAUAGUGCCUGGAAGCGAGCACCACCAGGAGGGGGCGGCCGAGGGAGAAGUCGUCCAUGGAGUGAAGUACAAGAGCAAGAGAGGAAUUUGUUUGCUGGAUAUCCUCAAGCACAAAAUCUACUCUUACCUUUAAAUACGAUUCUGAAGAUCAGAACUCAUCAUCUCAUCAUUCCUGACCAUGAUUACUGUACCUUGGAGCGUCUUCCUAAUUUGGACUAAAAUAGGGCUGUUACUUGACAUGGCACCUUAUUCUGUCACUGCCAAAUCGUGCCCAUCAGUAUGUCGCUGUGAUGUGGGUUUCAUAUAUUGUAAUGAUCGCGAUUUGACAUCUAUUCCUACAGGAAUCCCAGAGGAUGCUACUAACCUCUUCCUUCAGAACAAUCAAAUAAAUAAUGCUGGGAUUCCAUCAGAACUGAAGAACUUGCGUAGGGUGGAAAGAAUAUUUUUAUACCACAACAGCCUAGACGAAUUCCCCACUAACCUCCCUAAGUACGUCAAAGAACUGCAUUUGCAGGAGAAUAAUAUAAGGACCAUCACUUAUGACUCACUUUCACAAAUUCCUUAUCUGGAAGAACUGCAUUUGGAUGAUAAUUCUGUUUCCGCUGUUAGCAUUGAAGAUGGAGCUUUCAGGGACAACAUCUAUCUCAGACUUCUUUUUCUCUCUCGAAAUCACCUUAGCACCAUUCCCUGGGGUUUGCCUAAAACAAUAGAAGAGCUACGCUUGGAUGAUAAUCGUAUUUCCACAAUUUCAGAGCUGUCCCUUCAAGACCUUACAAAUCUAAAACGCCUUGUUCUAGAUGGAAAUCUGCUAAAUAACCACGGAUUAGGAGACAAGGUCUUCAUGAAUCUAGUCAAUCUUACAGAACUGUCACUGGUUCGCAAUUCACUUACAGCCGCACCAGUAAAUUUGCCAGGAACAAACCUAAGGAAGCUUUAUCUUCAAGAAAACCAUAUCAAUCACGUGCCACCCAAUGCUUUCUCUUACUUAAGGCAGUUGUAUCGACUAGAUAUGUCCAAUAACAAUCUCAGCAAUUUACCUCAGGGCGUCUUUGAUGACCUGGACAACAUAACUCAGCUGUUUCUUCGCAACAACCCUUGGCACUGUGGGUGCAAAAUGAAGUGGGUCCGUGACUGGUUGCAGUCAUUGCCUUUGAAAGUGAACGUACGCGGGCUGAUGUGCCAAGCACCAGAAAAAGUGCGCGGAAUGGCUAUCAAAGACCUCAACGCGGAACUGUUCGAUUGUAAGGAUGACAUGAGCACCAUCCAGAUCACUACUGCAGUACCCAACACACUGUACCCAGCCCAGGGACACUGGCCGGUUUCUGUGACCAAACAACCAGACAUCAAGACCCCCAACCUAAACAAGAACUACAGAACCACGGCCAGCCCGGUACGCAAGAUCAUUACAAUAUUUGUGAAAUCAGUGAGCACAGAGACCAUCCACAUCUCCUGGAAAGUUGCUCUGCCAAUGACAGCCUUACGGCUCAGCUGGCUCAAGAUGGGCCACAGCCCUGCCUUUGGAUCUAUAACUGAAACCAUCGUGACAGGGGACAGGAGUGACUAUCUGCUUACAGCACUCGAACCAGAGUCGCCGUACCGCGUGUGCAUGGUCCCCAUGGAAACCAGCAACAUCUAUCUCUCUGACGAGACACCUGAAUGCAUCGAGACUGAGACAGCUCCCCUCAAGAUGUACAACCCGACAACCACACUCAACCGGGAGCAAGAAAAGGAGCCCUACAAGAACUCCAGCGUGCCUCUGGCCGCCAUCAUUGGUGGCGCGGUGGCACUGGUGGCCCUGGCACUGCUGGCCCUGGUGUGCUGGUACGUCCACAGGAAUGGGGCCCUCUUCUCCCGGCACUGCGCCUACAGCAAGGGGCGCAGGAGGAAGGAUGACUACGCUGAGGCGGGCACUAAGAAGGACAACUCCAUCCUAGAAAUCAGGGAGACUUCUUUUCAGAUGAUACCCAUCACCAACGACCAGGUGUCCAAGGAGGAGUUUGUAAUACACACCAUUUUCCCCCCUAACGGCAUGAAUCUGUAUAAGAACAGCCACAGUGAAAGCAGUAGUAACAGGAGCUACAGAGACAGUGGUAUUCCAGAUUCAGAUCAUUCACACUCAUGAUACUGAAGGACAUGAAAGACUGGUUUGCUUUUGGUUGGUUUGUUGUUUGUUUGUUUUUUUUUAAAAAAAAAAAGAGAAAAGACUGACUUUUAACGGUUGCUGUUCUACUGCAAAACACUGGAUUAAAGAGACUGACAAAGCAAUGUACUGUACAUUUGCCAUAUAAUUUAUAUUUAAGAACUUUUUAUUAAAAGUUUCAAAUUUCAGGCUACUGCUGCGAUUAAUGUAGUGGGGAUACCUGACCACAAUUCUAUAUUUUAGUAUUUUUUAGUAAUUUGUACUGUAUUUUCCUUGCUAAUAUUGAAGUUACAGACCAUUUAACUUUUGUGUUCUACUGAGUAAGAUGACUUGUUGACUGUGAAAGUGAAUUUUCUUGCCGUGUUGAGCAGUCAGAACAUUCAUCUGAGAUCCUUGUAAGUGUAAGCACAGGCCAUUUUUCACUUUGAUAUUAAUAAAAUAAUGUUAAACCUGGCAAAUCAGGAAGAUCAAGAAGUGGUUGCAAAAACUCACAGAACUUAAAUGUUGGGUCUAUUAAAUCUGUAAACCACGACAAUAUUCAAUAAACAAAAAUGCGUGUAGUAAUGGGCAAUAUCAGCUGUCUGGAUACAUCCAUCCAACAAUGGUGAAAUCCAAUCUAAAAAGAAAAUAAUCUAAUCGAUUACAUGCAUGAGACUUAAACUGUUCGCAUGUGUAAAGAAAAAACUGACCCUUGGAAGAAAGCGUAACAAAAUUCCUAACAAGGAAUUCUAAAGAAACGCGCUAGGCUCCAGUAACCAAGGGGUAGAUAGGGUGUAACGGUAGAUUUCUGGUUAUCAACACCAGUGGUCUGUUAGAGAGAAAACGGUGAUGGAUGGCCACAGACAUUUGGAAGGCAGUGGCAGAGGGACAGGGAGAACACUGAGCAACUGUUCUUCAGCAGAAGGGCUGGAAGUACAGUUUCGUAAGGAAAACAAGCAGGACGAAAAGCAGGCAAGCGGUGUCUCAUAAAUUUUAGUCACCCAGGUCAAAAGAAAAUUGGGGAACGCAGAUAUUUUAAAGCAUAUACUUAAACGUUCUGUAGGUACGCGUUAACUGUACUGCCAUUACAGUCAGGAAUACUGCCCAUUACUGUCACAGUUUUCCAGAAAUUCCUUGCUAAAUCUGUAAAGUAACGUUUCUUUCUGCCUUCCUGCUAAACUAUAUGCUAUUUCAUGUUUAAACCCCAAGCCACACUUUGUUGCCAUAAUCAUUUGUCUUUUCAACUAAAAACCAAAGUGCAUUGUACGCCCUUUGGCCGGUCUUGUAUGUGCCUUGAUCCAACGCUACAUGUAUCAAGUUUUUUAAAACAAAACAAAAAACCCUAAAAAAAUAAAAUACCCACUUUUUCGUACAUAACUUAAA